CCCAGGGCUGCCGGUGCCAUGGCCAUGCAGCUGCUGCAGGCACUCGGAUCAGUGGCUGCACUGGAAGAGACAAGCUUUUGUUUCUUCUAGCUGGCAAAUGCCACUGGCAGUGAUGAAUCUGCUGUACCUGCUCAUACUGCUGGCUGUGUACAGGCCUGCACAUGGCACUUGGGACACCUGCAGAGGGACCUGCGGGCACCGGCCCAUGGCUUCUGACUACGACUCCAUACCUUCUGACUUCAGCAUUGUGGCUGGAACAGGUGCCCAGCCAGGAGCCUGGCCCUGGAUUGUCAGCAUCCAGGACCCCAGGAAAAUAGGUACUGGCCACACGUGUGGAGGGUCCCUCAUCAGCCCUCAGUGGGUCCUCACAGCAGCCCACUGCUUCCUCCAGGCCAGGAACGUCACCAUGUGGCGUGUGCUCAUCGGGGCCACCCACCUGACCCACCUGGGCCCCGAGGCUCAGGUGCGCCACAUCAAGCAGCUGCUGGUGCACCAGGAGUACACGGCAGCCUCGCAGCAGAACGACAUUGCCCUGCUGCAGCUGGACCAGCCCGUGCAGUGCAGCGACUACGUGCAGCCGGCCUGCGUGCCCAACGCCUCGCUCACCGUGUCAGAGCUGAAGUCCUGCUACAUUGCUGGCUGGGGUUCUGCCAGGGCAAAAGCUCUGGGUGUGAGUGAUGUCCUGCAGGAAGCCAAGGUCCGACUCCUGGAUAUCCGGCACGUUAACAGCAGCCGCCGCUACGCUGGGACCAUCCACACCCACAACCUGUGUGCUGGCUACCCACGGGGGGGCAUGGACACCUGCCAGGGUGACAGUGGAGGGCCUCUGGUGUGCAAAGAUAACAGUGCCAGCUACUUCUGGCUUGUUGGAGUGACCAGCUGGGGAAAAGGCUGUGCCAGAGCAAAACGGACCGGGGUCUACACCUCCACUCAGCACUUCUACAACUGGAUCCUGAUCCAGAUGGGUCUGUGCUCAGCUGUAACAGCCACUCCAGAACCAGAGUCAACCUGCCUCUCAACCCCUCUUGAGCAGCCAGAGCCAGCACCAACAGAGUCAGGCUGCUCUACUCCCACUCCAUGUCCAGAGACAACUGUAACAGCCACUACAACACCAGAGCCAACCUUCAGCUCAACCCCCUCUGAGGAGCCAGAGCCAACAGAGCCAAUAGAGCCAAUAGAGCCAACAGAGCCAAUAGAGCCAAUAGAGCCAGCAGAGCCAAUAGAGCCAAUAGAGCCAAUAGAGCCAAUAGAGCCAAUAGAGCCAGUAGAACCAGUAGAACCAGUAGAACCAGCAGAGCCACUAGAGCCAGCAGAGCCACUAGAGCCAGCACCAACAGAGUCAGGCUGCUCUACAUCCACUCCUCAGGAGCCAGCUGUGACAGACACACCAGAGACCUCAGCCCCUUCUGAGGAGCCAGUGCCAACAAAAACGAACAUCCUGUUCACUCCACAUCCCUACCAGAUACUGGUGCAGUUCUUAACUCGGGUGCACAAGAUGCUGCUGAGUCUCAUGGGAAAAAAGGCAUCAGGAGGAGGGUGAACAGGAUCCCAUGCAGGCUGCAGUGGACCAUGACCAUUUCAUACUGCAGCAGUGCCUGCUGGUGCAAAGGCAGCCUCAGGGUCAAAGGUGUUCUCUGUCCUGCCCAUCUUCCUCCUCUGCAUGCACACAAAUGCUGAAAUUUAUUUAAUUGUGGAAAUAAAGUUGCUUAUUGCCACUGUUAG